GCUCUCACAACUUUCACUCCAUUUCUUAAAUCGUGAAACUAUCUACGCUUCGAAAGAGACGAUGAGCACCAACGCAGCAAGCGGAACAACCAAAGGAGGAAGAGGAAAGCCAAAGGCAACCAAAUCCGUCUCUCGUUCAUCCAAAGCCGGUCUUCAAUUCCCCGUCGGAAGAAUCGCUAGAUUCCUCAAGGCCGGGAAAUACGCAGAGCGUGUCGGUGCCGGAGCUCCGGUUUAUCUCUCCGCCGUUCUCGAGUACCUCGCGGCUGAGGUUUUGGAGUUGGCGGGAAACGCGGCGAGGGAUAACAAGAAGACACGUAUUGUGCCGAGGCAUAUUCAGCUUGCGGUGAGGAACGAUGAGGAGUUGAGUAAGCUUUUGGGAGCUGUGACGAUUGCUAAUGGAGGUGUGUUGCCGAAUAUUCAUUCGAAUCUUUUGCCUUCUAAAGUUGGGAAGAAUAAAGGAGAUAUUGGAUCGGCUUCUCAAGAGUUUUGAGUUCUCUUUGUUUUUUGGUUGUAACUUUUAGUUGUUGUGUGGGUUGAUUGAUGUUUAGGUUUGCUUAAAAAAAAAUCGAAAUCAAACCUUUAAGUUCAACAAAGAAUCAAAAACUUUAAUCAAAUCGGAUUAUGAUAUAGUUUUCAAAUCUUGUUAGAUGUUAACAUCGAUUUCUCUGAGCAACAGCUCUCCUUUAGGGAAAGGAUAAAGACUGCAUAUGAUCCCUUGUUGCUCUGAGAUUGGCGUAUGAUCAACGUUUUAUAGCUAUCAAUUGCUGAAUAAUCACUCAAUGAGCUUUGUCUUGAUGCUCUCUCUUUGUG